CGCCACACGGAUAUCGCCGUUCCCUUCUCUGUUGCCAUUGCUACGUUUCCCGCCAAUCACAGCCCCACCCUCCGACAGGCACAGCCACAUCCGAUGUCUGAACUCAACAGCAGGCCAACAACAUCGCUUCUCUGUUGACCAUCGCUACCUACUUUGUCCAUCAGUCACAGUCCCACCGAUCGACGACACAGUCACCUCCGAAGUCUGAACUCAGCAGUCAGCAGCAAGAAACGUAUGUAAUUUCUCUUCUGAGUCAUAGACCGUAGACAUUCGUGAUUUCUCUGGUACAGUGGCAUUAGACAUUACCCAAAAACCUUAGUUUGUUUAAAUGGGUGGGAAACAACAUUGGUCAAAUCAACAGCUAAAAUGCUUAUUAGAAACGUGCAUUGAAGAAGUGAACAAAGUUGGUAGAAAAGGUUUAAGCUUGCAUAAAGAUUCCUGGAAUAAAUUAAGGAGCGUUCUUAAAGAAAAGUUUGGGAUGGACUUGACACACAAGCAAAUGAAAAAUGCAUAUGAUAAUCUUAAAGCCAAAUACAAAGGAUGGGUAUAUUUGAGAAACAAAACUGGAAAUAUAUACAACCCUCAAACAAACUCGUUUACUUUAACCACCGAAGAAUGGGAAGAAUUUAAGAAGGGGCAUCCAAAGGCUGCAUCAUUGAAAACACACCCAUUGCCUUAUCCAGACCUCUGUGUAACCCUAUUUGGACCUUCUUCUUUUCAUCUUGUCCAAACACUUCAUAUUGCGGACAACCCUAAUUAUGGCCUAGAAGAUGAUGAUGACAUUUUCUAUGAGACUAGUGAUCCUUCUGCUGAUUCACCUCUUUGUGUUGCACCUGAUACAACUCCUAAUACUUCUUCUAAAGUUGAUAGGCCUCCCUGUGCUUCUGCUGAUUCACCUCUCAGUGUCUCCCCUGAUCCAGCUCCUGAUACUUCUUCUAAAGUUGAUAGGCCGAGUAAAAGGGCUAAAGCCUCAAAGCCCUUUAUCAAUCUUGAUGAUUUGACACUAGAUAUGCAGAAAGCUCUACAUCAUUUGGUGAAAGGCAAGGAUGGGCCAACAGUUGAUGAAUGUUAUGAUAAGUUGAAGCUAGUUGAGUUAGACCCUCUUGAUCCUUUAUUUUUAGCUGCUUUUUAUAUUUUCGGAGUGUCUAUAAGUAUGAGAGAAUCAUGGAUGACAUUGCCAGCAAUUCCUGAGGUUUUAAAAGGAUGGAUCAAGAUGACCGCCACGGGUUUAGGAGUAUUUAAGUAGGGAUUAUGUGCUUAGUUGGAAUCUUUUUUUUUUUUUUUGCUUAUGUUGGAAACAUUGUUUGUUAGUAUUUUCUUAUGUUAGAAACAUUAUAUAUUUUUUUGUUCUAUGUUGUAAACAUUGUUUUUUCUCUUA